AUGUUCAUGCAACAGGGAAAACAGGUGUGUUGCUAUGACUGUGUUCGAUGUCCUCAGGGGAAGAUUUCAUCCCACAGGGAUGCAGACGAAUGUGAGAGGUGCCCAGAAGAUCAGUAUCCAAACCAGAAGCAGGACCAAUGUCUUCCUAAAGAACUAAGCUAUCUAUCCUAUGAAGAACCCUUGGGAGAAGUUUUAGCUUCCUUGUCUCUUUCCCUAUCUGUGAUCACAAUUGUCAUGUUAGGGACCUUUAGUCUGCACUGGGACACUCCCAUUGUGAAAGCCAAUAACUGGAGCAUCACAUGCACCUUGCUGUUCUCUCUGUUGCUUUGCUUUCUCUGUUCCUUCUUAUUCAUUGGCCGGCCUGGGAAGUUGACCUGUCUCUUCCAGCAAACAGCGUUUGGCAUCAUCUUCUCCCUUGCAGUUUCUUGUGUGUUGGCUAAAACCAUCACUGUGGUGCUGGCCUUCAUGGCCACAAAGCCUGGAAACAGGAUGAGGAAAUGGUUUGGGAAAAGGCUGGCAAUAUUAGUCAUAAUUCUGUGUUCUCUUAAUCAGAUGGGCAUCUGUGUUGUGUGGCUGGCAACCUCUCCCCCUUUCAUAGAGUUUGAUAUGUAUUCCCAGACUGGACAGAUCAUAGUGCAGUGCAACGAGGGCUCAGAUAAGAUGUUCUACAUUGUCUUGGGCUACAUGUGGUUUCUGGCCAUUAUCAGCUUCUUGGUGGCUUUCUUUGCCAGGAAGUUGCCGGAUAGUUUCAAUGAAGCCAAGCUCAUCACUUUUAGCAUGUUAGUCUUCUGCAGUGUUUGGGUGUCUUUCGUGCCAACCUAUCUGAGCACGAAGGGGAAAUACAUGGUGGCUGUGGAGAUCUUCUCCAUCUUGGCCUCUAGUGCCGGCUUACUGGGUUGUAUCUUCCUCCCCAAAUUCUACAUAAUUAUUCUGAGACCUGAGCUGAACACCAGGGAGCAGUUAGUAAGGAAAAAGAAUGGUCACAGUUAA